CUUCUCUCUUCCAUAAAAACGUCACCCACUAUCUCCUCCUUCCUCGAUUCCAUUAAUUAAUUAAUUAAUUAAUUGCUCUGGUUUUAUUUGAUAAUAAAUAUAUAGAGAGAGAGAGAGAGAGAGAGCGCUGCAGUUUUUAAUGGAGCAGCAGCUGAUCAGAGAGGACGAAUCGGAAGUAGCUGCAGGCCACGACAUGAGCACGUCCUCCAUCAUCCAGAGCAGCGCAAUCGACCCCUUCGCCCAGGCACUGUGGAGCGGCGCCCCCUCCUCGGCCAUCUCGGCCGGCGGCGGUGAACUCGCGGCCGCCGGCAUGAAGGUGGACUGGAAGGAGACGGCGGAGGGGCACGUGAUCCGGGCGGACCUGCCGGGGGUGCUCAAGGAGGAGAUCAAGGUGGAGGUGGAGCGCGGAGGCGCGCUCGUCAUCAGCGGGGAGCGCCACCUGGAGACGCAGCGGAUGGGCGACACGUGGCGGCAGGUGGAGCGGAGCAGCGGCCGGUUCACGCGCCGCCUCCAGCUGCCGGAGGACGCCAAGUUGGACGCCGUCACGGCCACCAUCGAACACGGCGUACUCACCGUCCACGUUCCCAAGGCGGACGCGGCGAAGCAGCAGAACACUAAAUAACUAUUCUAUCCCAAAAUUUAAUUAAUUAAUUAAUUAAUCACCAUUACCUCUUAAUUAAUUAUUCAAUCUCAAAAUUAAGUUGA